GAGACCAGAUAUAGUGAAUGCAGGGCUUGGAGACACCAGAUAUAGUGAAUGCAGGGCCCGGGGAGACCAGAUAUAGUGGAUGCAGGGUCUGGGGACACCAGAUAUAGUAAAUGCAGGGUCCAGGGAGAUCAGAUAUAGUGAAUGCAGGGUCCGGAGACACCAGAUAUAGUGAAUGCAGGGCCCGGGGAGACCAGAUAUAGUGCAUGCAGGGUCCGGAGAGACCAGAUAUAGUGAAUGCAGGGUCCGGGGAGACCAGAUAUGGUGGAUGCAGGGUCUGGGGAGACCAGAUAUAGUGAAUGCAGGGCUUGGAGACACCAGAUAUAGUGAAUGCAGGGCCCGGGGAGACCAGAUAUAGUGCAUGCAGGGUCCGGGGAGACCAGAUAUAGUGAAUGCAGGGUCCGGGGAGACCAGAUAUAGUGAAUGCAGGGUCCGGGGA